AAACAGUGAAUGUAAUAACAGGAACUUAGAUAAUGUUUCGAAUAUUUACUUUGUUCCGUUCAAAAACAAGAUAGCAGCAAUCAUAAUAUUACGCAUCAUCUAUAUAAAGUUGAAUGACGACACCAAAGCCAUGUAAAAUGUCGCUGGCCACUGGGACGCUGAUUGAGCUGUUUCGAACCACGCCUCCGCCGCCGCUGGCGAGGCGCCAGGAGGCGGUGAGGUCCAUCCCCCCUCCACCGCUGCACCCCCCUCCGCUGACCAUUCUGAAAAUGGUCCCUCCGCCGCCACUACCCAGCCACCUGAACCGAAUCGGUCCGACAGCAGCCGCGCUACUCAGUGGAGGCCAGGGGACGGCGAACAGCGGUCACGGCACGACCAAUCAACCAAGAAACGCCAAGGGAGUGUCGGAAACCGGCUAUCAAGACACGGCGCGGGGGCAAGGAAGGAAAGGAUCCAGCAAGACGGCCCGUCUAAAUCACUGCGGACCAAGGGACGGCCGGUCACGUGACACCGCCGACGGGCCGCUGAGCCGGUCACGUGACACCGCAGACGGUUCAGCCAGCCGGUCACGUGAUGCCGUGGACAGCCCACUGAGCCGGUCACGUGACUCUGAGGUGACGGACGACGCAGCAGAAGAAGCUGAGCUGGUGGACGUGCUAAAACACCUGGUGAACCUGUUUACUAUGACGUCACAAGUGAAGGCCGCCCUGGGCCGGGUCAGGCUCAAGGCCGACGAUACAGGUCAGACGUCACGUGAUUGCUCAUGGUGUGUAUCUGAGUAAAUGUAUCUGUAUGUAUUUAUACGUUUAUGCAUGCAAUAUAUAUUUAUGUAUGU